AGUCCUUUUAUAGACGCUCAUUUGAAUUUUUUGGUACAUAAAAAAGUUGUUUUGCACUAUCUUUUCAAUGUUUAAUUUAAUAAAAAAGAUUCAUAUGCUUACAUUGAUACCUUAUUUAAAAGUUCUGGAGUAAAGAGCGUAACAUAAUAAAAAUGCAUACACUAAAGUGUUGCAGAUUCUGCUUAAACACUAAGAAUCUUCAUCUGAUCUUUACAUAUCCUGAACACAAUGAAAAAUAUACCAAUAUUCUAUUUAAUAUUGCAGGAAUUCAGAUUAAAAUGAACGAUGAAUUGCCACAUGAAAUAUGCUCCAAUUGCAUAAAGUUCAUUAAUGAAUCCAUUCAAUUUAGACAAAACUGUGAAAAUGCAGAGAACAUUCUCAAUAACUUCAAAGUUGACGAUCCAAUACCUCAACCCUUUAUUAUUAAAACAGCAGAACAUACAUCAAUCAACAUAGCUCAUACAAAUGUUGAUUUUAAUGAUUUUGAUGAUAAUGUUACAUUAGAUACAUUAAGAGUAAAAAACAUUCAAUGUGAAUCAGAUGAAUCACGAAUAGAAAAUUUGGAGCCCUUGAGAAAAGGGAGACAAAGUACAGCUCGGAAGAAAAAUGUGAGGAAUAUAAAAAUUUCAGUAAAAGAGAGUAAUGACCAAAAAAAAGACACCCGUGAAGAGAUAGAAUGUGAAUAUUGCCAUAAGAUAUUAACAUCUAAAUUGUCACUAAGAAACCAUUAUAAAAUACACACAGGCUUUGACGUUGUAUGUGAGCACUGUGGAAAAAAAUUCAUAACCCGCCGUUUGCUUCUGAUGCACUGUCGAGCAAAACAUGGUUAUGAGAAAACAGAUAAAUGCUCAUAUUGUGACUAUAAGGCAUCCAAUGCAGAACAGGUUAAAAUUCACGAGAGGCUCCAUACAGGCGAAAAACCUUAUGUUUGCAAGGAGUGUAAUGCUGGUUUCCAUAGAAAAAGUAGUUAUUUACAACAUAUAGCUAUACAUUUACCAGAGAAGACUGUUCAGUGUGACCAGUGUCCAGCAUGGUUCAAAUCUGUAACACUAAUGCGUAUACACAAAAAUAGACACAGAGCACCACAAUACAGAUAUAAAUGUGGUGUAUGUGAUAAUAGUUUUGCAAGACGAAGGAAUGCUGCCAGACAUUUGCAAAGAGUUCAUGGUGUCCCACCUGACCACCAUAUACAUAGACAUAAUAUACAUUGACAUACUUCUAGUAUUAACUAGUUAUGCAUUUAAAUCCUGACUACAAGCAAGCAAGUAACACUAGAUCAUACAAGGGAGGUAAAUCUUUUAAUGGUAACCAAAAUGUCUAAAAAAAUGAUCAAGCAAUCAAUGGUCAAAAUUCUAUACUGUUAAUAAAAUAAAAUGGAGAUAGGUGGGCAGAAACUGAUCUAUAAUGUUGUAAGACCAAUUGUAUAGAAAAAUGGCUUGCAUGGAGAUGGAGUGACAUAAUCGUUGGUUAAACAAGACUAUUUAAAAUGAUUCACAAAAUCAUAUGACUUAUGUGUUGUGUAAGUUUUUAAUCUAAAUAGAAAAACAAGGACAAUUGGACACACUGUCAAAGAACAUGUUACAUCUUUAUCUACCAAAAUGUAAAGGUUCUGAGAUUUACAUAUCUCUAAUGCAGAAUGAUAUAAAAUCUAUAUUAAAUUUGAAAAGAAAAACCAACUCAAGAAAUUAUAUAAUUGUAAGAUAAUGCAGUAUUAUAAUA